AUGGCCUGGUGCCGCAAGCAGAGAGCCCCGGAGGGAGAGCCCCACCGCCUGACCGUGGCCCCCGGGAGCCCGGCCGAAAAGCGACUCCUGGAGGAAUCCUUCGGCCAGAUCUUCAAGGAGCCCGAGCCCCGCGGGUGGCACUGCGCCAAGAGGCUGAUGAGGGACCUGAAGCCCCUGGGCCUCUACAUCCGCUCCCAGAGCCUCAAGUUCGGCGAAGACUGGAUCUUCCUCUUUCUCCUUGGCAUCUCCAUGGCAACCAUCAGCUUCGGCCUGGACGUGGUCACCUCCAAGUGCCAGCGAGCCAACCUGUGGGCUUACGACGAACUGGAGGGCCACCGCCACUUGCAGUAUUUCUCCUGGACUUUCUACCACGUGGCUUUGACGGUGGGUUCCGCCGCAGCUGCCAAAUACAUCUCGGCCCAGGCCGCGGGCUCUGGGAUCCCGGAGCUGAAGGUGGCCCUCCGAGGGGUCGUCCUCCACGAAUUCUUCACCUUGCGGACCUUUGUGGCCAAGCUGUUGGGAGUCGUUUGCUGCUUAGCAGGUGGGAGCACCAUCUUCCUCGGGAAAGUGGGACCCUUCGUGCACAUGGCCACCAUCUUGGCCACGCUCCUGGGCAAAGUCAUGGUCUGGUACACAGGCGCCACUGAGAACCCCUCGCGCAAGUACGAGCUGCUGAUCGCAGGGGCUGCCGUGGGCGUGGCUUGCUGUUUCGUGGCUCCCGUCGGAGGGGUACUCUUUGGCGUGGAGGUCACAGGCACCCACUUCGCCGUACGCGACUACUGGCGUGGGUUCUUCGCCGCGACGUGUGCAGCCCUUACCUUCCGCCUGCUGGCAGUGCUCAACAACACCAGAGAGACGGUGGCCGUCCUCUUCCGGAGCAGCUGGCGUGUGGAGUUCCCCUAUGACCUUCCGGAGCUGCUCUCCUACGCAAUCCUGGGAAGCUUUUGUGGAGGCCUCUGCUGCGUCUAUCUCUUUUGUCACCGUAACAUGCUGAUGGUUUUCCAGAACAAGCCGAAAAUCAACGAGUUCAUGAAGAACAACAGAAUCUUGUAUGCUGGAGCCGUGUCGCUGGUCCUGGCGAGCCUCACGUUCCCCCAUGGAGUGGGGCAGUAUAUUGGUGCCAGGCUUUCCAUGAAGGAGCUCCUGGAGACCUUCUUCAACAACAUGACCUGGGGGCGGGAAGAGGCCUCCCUGGGCAGCGCCACCCCCCAGCCCCUCAACCUGACCCACGAUGACGCCAACUGGCUUCACUGGACGCAACAGGACCUGUCCGUGCUGGAGAUGUUGGUCCUUUUCCUCGUCGCCAAGUUCUUCAUGCUGCUCGCUGCAACCACCAUGGUGGUGCCCGCUGGAUAUUUCCUCCCUGUCUUUGUUUAUGGAGCCGCUUUGGGCCGCCUGUACGGCGAGCUAAUGGCCAAAAUCUUCCCCAACGGCAUCAUCACUGACGGAAUCCGCAUGCAAGUCACCCCCGCCGGCUAUGCCCUGGCAGGUGCGGCGGCCUACUCAGGAGCUGUCACCCAGACCAUCUCCACGGCCCUGCUGACCUUCGAGCUGACCGGGCAGAUGUCCCACAUCCUCCCCGUGCUGGUGGCCGUGCUCAUCGCCAAUGCCAUCAGCCAGCGCCUGCAGCCAUCCUUCUUCGACGGCAUCAUCCUGGUGAAGAAGCUCCCCUUCCUGCCCAAGCUCUCCGUGACCAAGAGCGGAGGCCAUAGUAUUUAUGCCGAGGACUUCAUGGUGACGGAUCUCAAAUAUCUGACCCGAGAAAGCAAAUACAAGGACCUCCGGGCUUUGCUCAACGGCUCCACCCUCAAACAGUUCCCCCUGGUGGACUCUGAAGAAGCAUCCAGAGAAGAAGAGGAGUCUUCUCUUGGCGCCACUGAAACCUCCCGGACAGAAGGAGCUGAGGAGGAGCCUUCGGGAACUGUGGUGGGGAGUGGAGAUGGUCUGUCCGAAAGAGAGAAGCAUGCGCGCUACCACAGCAUGGUGGAAGAGUGGGAAUGCCGGCAAUUGCAGGAGACCCUCCGCCUGGACGACCUGCCCAUGGACCCCGCUCCUUACCGCCUGCUGGAGAAGGAGACGCUUUACGAGUGCCACGAUCUCUUCAGCCUCCUGGGCCUCCACAUCGCUUACGUGACCAACAUGGGCCGCCUGGUUGGGGUGGUCAGCCUCAAGGAGCUGAAAAGUGCGGUGGAGGGGUGCGUCAAUGGCACCUUUGCUAGCCGUGCCCCACAGCGGUCGCCGGGGCCCGAGGACGAGCAGGAACUGAACGUGCGGGGGGACAGCCGGCUCAGCAGCUCCCUGGUCUAG